ACCUUAUCAAACAUGUUUUUUACUUUUGUUUUCAUAAUUUGGUAAACAUAAAUGACUUUCAAACAUGUUUUCUGUUUUCGGUGUGUUUAGUGUAAUAUAACUGGUGUUAGAAUUUUUUUUUUCUUUUUAGCUUUUCCAUUGUGCCCGGUGUUUUGGUAGUACAAUGACCAAAAAAUCCCUCAACACCCUCAUGUGCCAAGCACAUGACAUUUUUUUAAUAGUUUUUUUAGCAUGUAAACAAGGAUCAAAUUGAUAGAAUUAAAACUUUGAGGACCAAAAUAUGAUUAACGAAAUUUUUUUGAAUCAUUGGUUCAAUUUACCCAAAAACAAAUCUCGGUGAGUCAACUCAAAUGUUAUCAACUGUGUUAACGCGCCAGCCACUCAACUCUCAAUACAAACCCUCCAAAAAUCCCACAGCAAUCACAGCUUCCAAUUCCAAAAGCUCCAUCGACAAAAUGAAGACGAUGAACGCACCGGGUAACGAAGAAGACGAUCACGGCGAGGUCUUCCUCGACGAAGACGACAUCGUCAAGGAAAUCACCGUCGAUGAAGAAGAUCUUCCUGAUGUGGACGACGAUGGAGAAUCCGAUUCUGAAGCCAUAGAGGAAGCUGAUGAUUCCAUGCACAUAUUUACUGGUCAUACUGGUGAACUUUACACAGUUGCAUGCAGCCCAACUGAUGCCGCAUUGGUGGCAACAGGGGGUGGAGAUGAUAGAGGAUUCCUUUGGAAGAUUGGCCAAGGAGAUUGGGAUUUUGAGUUAGAAGGUCACAAGGAUACUGUGUCUAGUUUGGCUUUCAGUACUGAUGGACAGUUGCUUGCAUCUGGUAGCUUUGAUGGGCUUACCCGAGUGUGGGAUAUAUCUGCGGGUAAUCUGAAGUGCACACUUGAAGGUCCCGGAGGAGGCAUUGAGUGGGUCAGGUGGCAUCCCAAAGGACAUCUGGUUUUGGCGGGUUCUGAGGAUUGCACUGUUUGGAUGUGGAAUGCUGACAGGGCUGCCUAUCUUAAUAUGUUUUCAGGACAUGCCAGUUGUGUUACCUGCGGUGAUUUUACUCCUGAUGGUAAAACUAUUUGUACUGGUUCUGAUGAUGCGACUUUAAGGAUAUGGAAUCCAAGAAGUGGUGAAAACAUCCACGUUGUCAGAGGUCAUCCAUAUCACACUGAAGGGCUGACAUGUUUGACGAUAAGCUCUGAUUCAGCUCUUGCUUUUACUGGUUCAAAGGAUGGUUCCUUUCACAUUGUGAAUAUAACAACUGGGAAGGUUGUUAGUUCUCUAAGUGGUCACACAGAUUCAAUUGAAUGUGUUGGUCUCGGGGCAAGUGUCCCAUGGGCUGCAACAGGAGGCAUGGAUCAAAAGCUUAUUAUAUGGGAUUUGCAGCAUUCAUCCUCACGUUCCACAUGUGAUCAUGAGGAAGGGGUGACAUGCUUGUCAUGGCUAGGUGCAUCUAGGUACCUGGCCACUGGGUGUGCUGAUGGCAAAGUAAAAAUAUGGGACACCCUCUCUGGAGAUUGUGUGAGAACUUUUAGUGGGCACUCGGAUGUCCUCCAGUCUUUAGCUGUAUCUGCUAAUGGCGAAUUCCUAGUUUCGGCCUCCAUUGAUGGAACUGCCCGGGUCUUCGAAAUUGCAGAAUUCAAGUAA